CCUACCUGUGACAUGACCGGACGCAUUUCCAGGCGGGACCAAGCUCACUUCCGUUUGUCAUUCAACGAAACGACGGAGCCUCGCAACGGUCUGUUUCUUCCCGGCUCUUUAUAAACGUAGGAGCUGAAUUUUGUGACCAGACAUCAUGACACUGUUUCACUUUGGAAACUGCUUUGCUCUGGCAUAUUUCCCUUAUUUUAUAACCUACAAGUGCAGUGGCCUUUCAGAGUACAAUGCCUUCUGGAGAUGUGUCCAGGCAGGAGCAACAUACCUGUUUGUCCAGCUCUGUAAGAUGCUGUUCUUAGCUACAUUUUUUCCCACAUGGGAAGGAGGAGCAGGCGUUUAUGACUUUGUAGGAGAAUUUAUGAAGGCCACAGUGGACCUAGCAGACCUGCUAGGUCUCCAUCUGGUGAUGUCUCGUAAUGCUGGUAAAGGAGAGUACAAGAUCAUGGUGGCUGCCAUGGGCUGGGCCACAGCAGAGCUUGUGAUGUCGAGAUGUCUGCCUCUUUGGGUGGGAGCCAGAGGGAUUGAGUUUGACUGGAAAUACAUCCAGAUGAGCUUUGACUCUAACAUUAGUUUGGUGCAUUACAUCGCUAUGGCAGCAGUGGUGUGGAUGUUUACACGAUAUGACCUUCCUAAGAGCUUCAGGCUACCUGUCACUGUGCUGCUGGCUCUGUGUGUCUAUAAAGCCUUCUUAAUGGAGUUGUUUGUCCACGUCUUCCUGUUGGGCAGUUGGACAGUGUUGCUGGUGAAAGCUGUGCUGACUGGUGCCAUCUCUCUCUGCUCACUCUUCCUCUUUGUCACUCUGGUUCACAGCAACUAAUCAAACCUCAGCACCCUGGGACAAGCCUUUGACAGUCUCUUUUGGCCCAGAUUGGUCCAGGGAUGUGGUAGAUCAGAAGCUGACCUCUGAUACCAUAUCAGUCACUUCAUAUGACCAUACGACAUUAAAGACAGCUGAAAAAUAGUUACGAAUAUUGGGUCAUUGGACUGGUUUGACUGGUGCAGAGGUACUAAUUACCAGCUGGCACACUCACCAGUUCUUCCAGUUUUGAUCAGUGUCUAUGGACUCAUGAUGAAAAACUCAGAGGUGAAGCUUUGUCUGCUUUCAGACCAGUUAAAACUGCAGAAUGAAUGGUGACAUCAGGAGGCUUCUGUAUUGUGAUUGGCUUACCAAAGCUGUGUUUGUUUCAUGUGAAUUUUCUAUCAGAUUGGCCACAAGUUAAUUAAGACUUAAUCAAUUAUAGAUUUGUUUUUUAUAUGUUCUCCAAUGAACCAGCAUUAAUGCUUAGAUAAGGUAGCAAAGAGAAUCAAUAACAAUGAAUGACAGUGACAGUCCCUUCAUAGUUUGUGACCACAAAUUUAUCGAUUUAUUUAUAUACAAGUAAAUAUUGCAAGUAAUUAAAACAUAAAUAUAGGACUUUUGUUCUCAUAAAUGGAAAAAGAUUUAAGGACUAACUAAAAAAUCUUAACAAUCCGUAAUGAACUGAGAUCUACUUUGCAUUUGGACCAUAUUGACUUUGACACGUCUCUGAUUUUGACAGAAAUAAAUGUGUUUGUAUUGUCUUA